UUUCCCAGCCUUUCUAAAAUCGCUUCCGGCCAAUGCCCUGCGACUCAGUGCUGCCGCCGCCGUCACAGGCAUCAUCAGCCCCCUCUAACGCUAGUUCUUGGCAAUGAAUCCGCCGACCUCGACUCCAUGGUCACCUCCAUAACACUCGCGUACAUUCUCAGCCAAACAGAGCCCACCAUGGCAAUCCCCAUUCUCAACACCAACCGGUCCGACCUACGUCUGCGACCAGACUGCAGCCAGCUCCUCAACAGCACCCUACACGACGCCACCUUGGGCGAAACCGACCUCCGCGGAUUAACCUUCAUUGAUGACUUUGACCUACCUGCUCUUGCGGCAUCAGCGAGAAGUGGUGGUUUGAAUGUCUGGUUGGCGGAUCAUAAUGCGCCGUCAAGUGGCCAGCGGUAUUUGGAGCCACUUGUGCGCCGCUGUCUGGAUGCCCCUGUGCGGGUGUUGGAGCCAACCUGCGAGGAGAUCCACCCGGCGCUUGCCAAAAUGAUUCUCGCGCCCAUCGUCCUCGACACGUCCAACCUAAGCGGCAAAGAGGGUGGCCGCGCGACCGCCAAGGAUCGCGCGGUGGCCAGCUGGCUUCUCCCACAGGUCCGCUGGUCCACCAACGUAGCCAACAUCACCGAUGACGCGGACACGUUUACUCUGGAGGUCAGCGACAUGGAAGCAUUAUACCGCGCGCUGGAUAAACUCAAGGGCCAGACCUCCCACCUGUCAUCAUACGACCUGCUGCGCAAGGACUAUAAACAAUGGGAAGUCCUGGAUGCCAAUGGGCUUGCGUGGCAGGUGGGGAUCAGCAGUGUUGGAAUGCGGAUGCCCAAGUGGCUGGCGCGCGAUGGCCGAAAGGAGUUUGUCCAGGCGGUGCGCCAUUGGAUUGAAGAGCGCAAGUUGGAUAUUGCUCUGGUCAUGAUGCAUGGCAAGGCGAAAGUGGACGGGGAAAAGGCCUAUGGGAGAGAUUUGGUGGUUUUGUUUGGUGAGGAGGUUGCUGCGAAGGCUGCGGAGAGCGUGGUGAGUGGGUUGGUUGGAGGGAGUUUGGCGCUGAGGGAGGUUGGGAGGAAGCAUGGGGCGUGGUUUUUUGAGCAGAUGGACGAAACGUACACGUGAGUGGGAUGUAUGAAUAAAGCUAAUUGCUUUUUUUUAUCGAUUUAUUAAAUUUUUUAUAUAUUACGUUGUAAAAAAAGCAUGUGUGAGUUGUGUGAGUAAGAGCAAAAAAAGGGUCGGAGUAUGAAAAGUUUUGUUAAUUUUUUAGUGUGAAUAAUGACAAUAUGUCC